AGCCUUUCUCUCGGCGGUGGGUCGGAGCCGCUGUCCCUGGCCUCCUCCUCGCAUGUUCCCCUCCAAAUUCCGCUUAUAAAUUCAAUGCCCCGUUUGUAGCUCGGUUCGCUUUUGGCUUCCACGUCGUACCCCCCACUCGUGUCUAGUUCAUUUAACCCUCCGCCCCUGAAACCUCUCGUGUUGACCAUGGCUGCUGUGGUGAGCGGCUCUUCGGGGCCGGUGGCUCGGCUCGAGGGCCGUGAGUUCGAGUACCUGAUGAAGAAGCGCUCGGUGAGCAUCGGCCGGAACUCGUCGCAGGGCUCCGUGGACGUUAGCAUGGGCCACUCGAGCUUCAUCUCACGGCGGCACCUGGAGAUCUUCACGGCCAGCGACGACGGCUCCGGCGGCAGCGGAGACUUCUACCUGCGGUGCCUGGGCAAGAACGGGGUGUUUGUGGACGGGGUGUUCCUCCGCCGGGGUGCCGCUCCGCUGCAGCUGCCGCCGAUGUGCACGUUUCGGUUCCCAAGCACCAACAUCAAGAUCACCUUCACAGCUCUGUCUAGCGGCAGGAAGACGAGGCGCGAAGCCCCCGAGUCUCCCGUCAAGCCGGUACAGCCUCACUUCGCGCCGCUCACCAUCAACAUUCCCGACAACCUCGCCCACCUCAUGAGUCCCCUGCCCUCGCCCACCGGAACCAUCAGCGCCGCAAACUCGUGCCCUUCCAGCCCUCGGGGGGCCGGCUCGUCGGGGUACCGCAUGGGGGGCCGCAUGGUGAGCUCGGCUGAGCUGCAGCUGAUCAACGACAACUCUCAGCCUGAGAACGACAAAGAUGCAUCAGGAGAGGACAGUCCCAAGGAUGACUCCAAGCCGCCAUACUCGUAUGCUCAGCUGAUCGUUCAGGCCAUCACGCUGGCACAGGACAAGCAGCUGACGCUCAACGGGAUCUACAAUCAUAUCACCAAGAACUACCCCUACUACAGAACUGCAGACAAGGGCUGGCAGAACUCCAUCCGCCACAACCUGUCGCUGAACCGCUACUUCAUCAAGGUGGCGCGCUCGCAGGAGGAGCCGGGCAAAGGUUCCUUCUGGAGGAUAGACCCGUGCUCGGAGGGCAAGCUCAUGGAGCAGGCCUUCAGGAAACGACGGCCCCGCGGCGUCCCCUGCUUCAGGACCCCGCAUGGACCACUCUCCUCCAGGAGUGCCCCAGCAUCUCCCAAUCACUCGGGGGUGCUGUCGGCUCACUCCAGCGGUGUGCAGACCCCUGACAGCUUGUCCCGAGAGGGCUCCCCGGUCCCCCUGGAGAUGGACAGCUCCUCCUCCUCCUCCUCCGUAGCCCCCGCUGCCCCAACCACGGUGGUCCAACCCAAACUGGCCGUGAUCCAAGAAGCCCGCUUUGCACAGAACACAUCAGGCUCUUCAGUCGGCAACCAGCCAGUGCUGAUCGCCCUGCAGGGUCAGCUACCUCAAAGCAUGAAGCCGGUCACCUACACCAUGGCGUCUCCGGUCAGCACCAGCUCUUCUCAGCCGGUCCAGACGGUCCAGACGGUCCACGUGCUGCAGCAGAUCCCCGCCGGCGCCACCGCCGUCAUCACACAGCCGGCCGCCGCCGCCGUCAUCUGCAAGAGUGAACUGCCGUUGCAGGAGAACGGAGAGCGUGCUGACUGCAAAGUGAAAGUGGAGGCGGUGCCCACCAUCACGGCCACGGGCGCGGUGGGCCGCAUCAUCCAGACUUCGGCGUCGUCCGGCCCCCUGCAGGCCGUCACCAUCCUGGGUCAGCACCAGCUGCCCAUCAAGACCAUCACGCAGAACGGAAACCACAGCAUCACCACCGCCAUACAGAGCACAGGUCCGUCCCUGGCGAGCCCACUUCACCUGCUCGCUGACCACGCCUCCGCCUCUGCGUCGCUGCCCACUGUCAAGCGCCAGAACAGUGACCAGCAGGCGGGGGGCGUUGCACCCCCGGACGUAAAACGGGCCAAAACGGAGGACGAGGCGAGGCCAGCGGACAACGGUAACAACUAAGCUCCUUAACGGAACCCCACGACAUCCCCCACCACCCACCCAGCACCACAGAGCGCCACCCACCACAACCCGGCGUUUCUUUUACUUGUCUCUAGGGCUCCAAAGGAAUGGAAAAUUCCUGGUAAAUUUCUGGUACAUUUUUGAAUCAUUCCCAGUAAAUUUCUGAAACAUUUCAGGUAAAUUUCUAAAUGAUUGCCAGUGAAUAUCUGAAUAAUUUCCGGUAAUUAUUUUUUUUUUUUAAACAUUUCUGGAAAAUGUUUGGUAGAUUUCAGGAAAUUAUUCAGUACAUUUCAGACUUCUGUAGUAAAUUUAGAAGAGAAGCUAAGAUGGGGAAUUUUUUGAGCUAUUCCACAUUGUAAACUUCUCGUGGGAAUUAACUGGGAAUUGAGGGUAAUUGAAUGGAAAGGCAUUUUGUUUUGUCAUAAGGCAGAUCCAUGCAAAGUAGAUCGCGUGAAGGCAUGACAGCUGUGUUCCUCCGCCAACCGAGCCCUGCCACGAAUAGUAAAAAGCCGCUAGUAAUUGAUGCCCCCAGGAAAUGUUUACUUACUUAUUCAUUUACAAGAUGGCGGCAAAGCACUACAUCGCGGGUGUCAAGCUCAAGGCCCGGGGUCCAGAUCCAGCCCUCCACAUCAUUUUGUGUGGCCCGCGAAAGCGAAUCAAGUUCAUCAACUUGUAUGAUUCUCGCUAAAAUCAGUGCUAAAUUUUCAAAUUGUCAUAUUUAAUAUAUGUGGAGGUAUUACAAAGGCAUUUUUUGUUACCAAACCCCUUUUUACAGUAAUUUGACAAUGGCUAAACAGAAUUAACACACUUUAUUUUGUACUGUAUCAGUAAUAGUACGAUGAGCCAAUGAAACAUUUCUAUGGUUUCACAGUCAUAACGGCCCUCCGAGGGAAACCGGAACGGCAAUGUGGCCCGUGACAAAAAUGAAUUUGACACCCCUGCACUACAUGAAUUUGAAUUGAUGAAUGCACAAAUCCAUUUCCAAGGACAUCCACUUUUAUGCCUUUCUGUGUUGGAACCUGCUGAUGACACUGCAGGAAAAGGUCAUUGGCCAACAUCGCCAUUGCGAGGCUUCAAAGUCGAUGUUCUCAGGGGGAGUUGGGCAAUGAGCUUAGUUCCAUCGAGAGACUGGAAGAGUCACAGAAAGGCAUACUAGUGGACGGUCCCUGUUUGGAGCCAACCUUGCAGUUAUAUUCCCGUUAAUUCCCAUGGAAAUGUAAGAAAAUUCCAGGAAUUUUGCAAGCCUACUUGUCUCGCCUGAGGUGCCAAACAAGGAGCAACGGGGAAAAAAAGCAAGAGCGGUGUUGAACGGACAGGCCAAACACGACCGCCUUAAAUCCACCUUAGCCACACCCCUCCCUCUGUCGCAUCUACCUCAGCAGAACGGAGACCCCUCCCCCAACCCCCCCCACCACCACCACCACCCAAAAACAACAACCUCCACCUGAACUUUUUCAUCCAGACCUGCCGGGCAGCAGCGAGUGUGGUGGACAUCUCACAGAAACCCCCUCACAAUCCGAAAAGGGGAUUCCGUAUGAUUCUCUGACGUUUGGCAGCUAGCCGCUCAACUCGGAACUGCCUGUCCCGCAAUAGCGCCGCCAUGUGGAGCGGAGGACCCCCCCACACACUUACGAAAUAAACGUGGUGAGCUCGGCAAAAGACCUAAAAACAACACCUAAACCCCCUACGGAAAGACGUUUGAGCAUUCCUUCCAUAGCACUGAUAUCAGCUAACAGUAAGGUCCAUGUACUAGUACACUCUUUGUCCUAACUCGUAAGACAAUUGCACUAGUAGAACAAAUGUCUUACUAGUUAAGCUUUUCUGCUAUUAGUGCCACUUUUGGCCAACUAUUAUGCAAUUAAACCUUACUAGUAAACGACUGUGCUGCACUAGUAACACUACUGGGCCCAACUAGGAGGCAUGUGUCACACACUAGUAGCCUCCUUAUCAAAUAGAUCUAAUAAAUGCUCCAACAGCUUUCUAAAAGUAUUUAUUUGAUAUCCUUGAAAUCCAUCCAGUACGCAUUUUGUCCUCACUAGUAAGACAAUUCAGCGCACUAGUGGAAUAACAAGGGCACACUAGUAAAAAGGUUGUCUUACUAGUAUUGCUUUUCUGCCACUGGUACCACUACUAGUAUGCUAUUGUACCAUACUACUAAACUACUGUCCUCAACUGGUAACACUACUAGGCCUAACUAGUGGGCAUAUCACUAGUAAGACAAGUCCGCACACUAGUAGAAUGACGAGGAUGCACUAGUAGAGCAUAUGCCUCUUAUUUGUAAAAAUAAUUUCACUACUGGUGCCGUUUUCUGUAGCCGUUUGAGCAUCGAUAUCCCGGCUAGCAAAUAAAUCCUCAAUCAACUGAAAUUAUUAUCCUACUUAAGGUCCAUCAUACUAAAACACUCACAAGUAGGACAAUUCAUCACACUAGUAGAAAGACAGUAUUUUUUAUUUAUUCUUUUUUUUUUUUUUUUUUUUUUUUUUUUACCACUUCUAGUCCCACGUUUGGCCUACUAGUAAGUACUACCUUACACUGGAUAACAAGGAUAUCUACAUGUACUAGUACACUUUGUCCUGACUUGUAGGACAACUUUGACACUGUGUACUAGUUGACAGCUGUGGGCUACUAGUACUACUUGUGACAUAUAAUUCUACAAGUUAACAUCUUGUGCUUUACUAGUUGUACUAGCAGCGCACAGAUGUCUGUUACCUCACUAGUCAAAUGUAGUUGUGUGCAGAAACGUCAAAAGUUAGUGGGGGGGAAACCGAUAGCAGUGUGCACUAGUCGUUCUACGAGCGUGCUGAAUUGUCUCACUAGUGAGGACAAAUAAUGUAAUAGUACAUGGACAUGAAACUCAUUUGGAAUAAGUGCUUGAACGGCUUUCCGCAGCCCCUCUAAUCUGUCUUGUGACUUCUUCACACAUGAACUUCACUCGUUUUGAGUUAGUUGAACAAAAACGAACCCUGCAUGUUGGAAGCCGAAGAAAAAGAAAAAAGAAAAAAAAAAACACCUGCACUUGAUUCAGUGUUUGUCCUCCCUUUUUUUUUUUUUUUUUUUUUAACCUCGUCAUCUCCUUGUUUUCACUCUUCGUCUCCCUCUGGCUGGCAGAGAAAAAAAGAAAGAAAGAAAAUCCAAGGAGCCCCCUAGGUUUGCAUAAUCAUUUGACUCACUUGCGGCCCCUACGAGUUUCUGCUUGUAACACGUUCCAAACCAUAGCUAAAGAAGAAAAAGAAAGAAAGAAAAACAUAUUUGUUCAGCCACAGUGGAGAAAUGCUUUUUUAAAAUAAAUUAAUUUAAAGUC